UUGGCGGGCUUAGUCGUUCUACCGCAAAAAGGCGGGAAAAUAUAUAUCUGUGUAGUGUUUUAUAACACAAACAUUUAAUUAAAUAUUAUAUUAGUGAUUAUAGGAGGUCAAUAAAUAAAUCACAAAAUGUCCCCAAAAAGAAAAAGUAAAGAAGAAGACUGCGAAAGCGAAGCCCUUAAAUCAGACCUUGAAGAGUCGGAGGGUAAAGAUGGCGGUGCACUGGAAGCUAAGAUGUCGCUCCUCAACGGGAUCACGGUCAUCGUGGGGUCGAUCAUCGGUAGUGGCAUAUUUGUAUCACCGACUGGUGUACUCAAGUAUACAGGGUCUGUGAACGCUAGUUUGUUGGUGUGGAUCGCUUCUGGGGUAUUCAGUAUGAUAGGUGCAUAUUGCUACGCAGAACUGGGCACAAUGAUCCGACGCAGCGGUGCUGAUUACGCGUACAUAAUGGAGACGUUCGGGCCGUUUGCUGCAUUUAUACGACUUUGGAUUGAGUGCAUGAUAGUCAGGCCUUGUUCGCAGGCAAUUGUGGCGUUGACGUUCAGUGUCUACGUACUAAAGCCACUGUUUCCAGAAUGCGAUCCGCCUGAAGACGCCACCAGGUUACUGGCUGCUUGCUGUAUAUUGUUGCUGACGUUUGUGAACUGUUGGUCAGUGCGCGCAGCUACCAGGGUCCAAGACUGGUUCACCUACGCCAAACUCCUAGCCCUGUUCAUUAUAAUCGCCACUGGAAUUUACCAACUUUGUAAAGGUAAAGUGGAGCACUUCUCCUUUGAGGGUACAACUAGUGAUGUCACAUCUAUUGCUCUCUCCUUCUAUUCUGGACUGUUUGCUUACAAUGGAUGGAAUUAUUUGAACUUCAUAAUAGAGGAAUUGAAGGAUCCCGUACGAAACUUGCCCCGUGCGAUAGCCAUCUCCUGUUCACUGGUGACCAUCGUGUACACCUUCACCAAUGUCGCGUUCUACACUACCUUGUCGCCUACUGAGGUGCUGGGUUCGGCAGCGGUGGCUGUGACAUUUGCCGAACGGUUAUUCGGCUGGUUCGCCCUCUCUAUACCUUUGUUUGUCGCUGCGUCAACUUUUGGCGCUGUCAACGGCGUACUUCUCACUUCAUCACGAUUAUUCUAUGCGGGGGCAGCCCAAGGGCAGAUGCCGGAGAUGCUAACGAUGGUGUCAUCUCGAGCGACCCCCGCGCCCGCAGUACUUGCGGUCGCUCUACUCUCCCUUCUCUACCUCACCGUCUCUGACAUCUACGCGCUCAUCAAUUACGUCGGCUUCGCUACAUGGCUGAGUAUUGGUGCGGCGGUGGUGUGUCUGCCUGUGUUGAGAUACACGCAGCCCAACCUCGAGCGACCCAUCAAAGUUAACCUGAUUUUCCCUGCGGUGUACAUAGUGUGCACGAUCCUGGUGGUGGCGGUGCCGGCGGUGGCGUCUCCGGCCGAGACCGGCAUCGGCUGCCUCAUGAUCCUCACGGCGGUGCCUAUAUACCUGUUGCUGCUGGAGCCCCGCACCAGGGUUCGAGGCCUCGGCUCCAUUACCACUGUUGCCACGCAUUUAGUACAGAAGUUGACAUUAGCUGUACGACCGAAAAUAAAGUAAUCGACUAUUAAUGAUUGACGGAAUCGACAAACAUAUCCGACCUUUCGGUGUACACACAUAUAUAAGGACUGUUGCUGUUUGUAUGUAUAUUUGGUAUAACUAUAUAAUUACUCUCUGGAGUAAAAGAACCUAGUUAAUAUUCGUCGAAUUUAUUAUGAACUAGCUGUACCCGCGACUUCGUAUUUCUUUAGUUAGUUUUUUUUAUAGUUAGUUAUUUUUCAAUAUUACAAACAGACACUCCAAUUUUAUUUAUAUGUAUAGAUGAUAUCACUACAU